AUGGGGAUGGUUCUUCUACUGUUUGUACUACUGGCGGGAACCCAUGUAAUCUGCAGCCAACCGAUAAGAACGACAAAAUCGAACUUAUCGUUCAGAGUGGAAGAUUUCGGCGGUGUCCAUUUUCCACGUCAAAAACGUGCGACAUCACUGGACUCUUCGCAAAUGAGCACACUCCUCGACGCACAUAAUAGUCUGCGAGGUACUUUGGAUCCGCCAGGAGCUAAUGUCAAAUUUUUGGAUUGGGAUGACAACUUGGCAACCAUGGCACAGGAUUGGUCAGAUACCUGUAACUGGUUCCAUGGCAACCACGAUGAUAUAUCGGGUUUCAGUUGGGUUGGUCAGAAUCUAUGGAUGGCGGGACCCUACGCUAGUGAUGCGACAUUUGACCUCGCCACAGCAGUUACUGACUGGUACAACGAAGUUGAUUACUACAAUUAUGAUGAGAACACGUGUUCGUCAGUGUGUGGCCAUUACACUCAGGUGGUGUGGGCCUCUUCGUAUGCCGUUGGGUGUGGUUUGACGCAUUGUCCGGCUGUGAACCAGAGUCACUUUACUGACUCAUUCAUUCUCACCUGUAACUAUGGACCAGGAGGUAACCUCAUAGGCGAGAGACCAUAUGCAACCGGCAGCCCAUGUACACUGUGUGAAACCGGAAGUGGAGAAUGCUAUGAAAACAAAUGCAGACCGUGUUCAGAACACAACGAGGCAUGUGCUACCACGACAUCGCCUCAGAGAGAAACAACUUCUGCAAAUGGCGGAAGCAGUCAUCAAAGAGUAACGAGUGGUAUUGAUGAAGAGGACUGUGAAGAAGAGCUGAGUUGUGAAAAUGGCGGCAACUUUGUUGCAUCUAACUGUAAUUGUGACUGUACCAAUGACUAUCAAGGUGACAGAUGUCAACAUGAAAAGAGACAAGCACAAUAUGGCGUUUUAUUGAAGAUAGCUGGCAGCAUCACUAAA